UAUUCAGUCAAUAUCAAUUUCCACCAUAGACUGAGUCCUCAGACGGAAUGAAAUGUCCAUGAAGCAUUUGUACAAAGUACCAUUUGAACGGAACAGUGAUGGAGUGAAGGAGCUCCGUCACCAGUAUGUACAGCGUAUCCUGGAAUUGGAGGCCAGGGAACCCCUGCACACGUUUGUAUAUCUUGACGAAGCGGGAUUCAAUCUCGCAAAAGGCAGACGGCAUGGACGAAAUCACAUUGGAGAAAGAGCCACCAUUGAUGUCCCAGGCCAACGAGGAGGAAAUAUUACAAUGUGUGCAGCCAUCUCAGAAAAUGGCGUUCACACCCAUAUUCCUCGUAUUGGUGCAUACAAUACACAACACCUGUUGGCUUUUCUGGAUGCUCUUUAUAGGGACCUAAUCCCACAAAAUGAAAGGGAUGAUCCUGGUGACAAUCGGACAAUGUAUGUAGUGGUUUGGGAUAAUGUUAGCUUCCAUCACUCUGCUGUAGUCAGGCAGUGGUUUGCAGCACACGACAGGAUGCUUAUGGAGUUUCUUCCUCCUUAUACUCCAUUCCUAAAUCCAAUUGAGGAGUUUUUCUCUUCCUGGAGGUGGAAGGUAUAUGACAGGCAUCCACAAACCCAAAUGACCCUGCUAGCAGCUAUGGAUGCAGCUUGUGAUGACAUCACAGCAGAGUCCUGCAGAGGGUGGAUUCGACACUCCAGAAGAUACUUUCCCCGAUGCAUCGAUAGAGCUGACAUUCGCUGUGACGUUGAUGCAAAUAUGUGGGCAGACAGACGGGAGCGUCUAGAUAUCAAUGAUUGAUAUGCAGCAGUGUCUGUUUUUCAGUUUUUU